UUCAAAAAAAAAACAAUCAAAUAACUGAAAUAUGAGGGCCGUAAUGUACAUAUAGGCUAGCGUGGCAGUUUCUCGUCCUCCCAAUCAGUUUAAAGAAAAAAAAAAUCUAAAACCCUGUUCUCGUUCACUUCUUUCAAGUUUCAACUCUGGCUGAGCUCUUGGCACUCAUCCCUGCAGGGCAUUGAAACUAAAAAUGGCUAAUCUUCAACUAGUUAGUCUUGAUUGUAGGAGUAUCUGCACUUUUUCAGCACCAAUUCUUCCUCCUAUUACUUCAUCACAUCAUUCUCUCUUCAAAGUUGUAAUUACUUCUGAAAAUUGGGGUAAAAAGGAUACAAGUCUGAGGAAGAUUUGGCUCAAUAAGAAAUUGUUGGGUGUUAAAAUUUUGGCUCCAAGAUCGAGUGGUAAUUCCAGCUCCAAUGAACCUUUGGAAGAUUCCUCUACUCAAGAUAAGGUGCCUUUUGGGUAUACCAGGAAGGAUGUGCUUUUGAUUGGGGUGGGAGUGACAGUUUUUGGAGUGGCAUUGAAGAGCGGGUUAGAGUUUGCUGGAGUUGAUCCAUUACAAGCCGGAAACGUUGUUCAGCUACUAGUAGUCUUAGGCAUGACUGUUGGAUGGAUUUUUAGUUAUAUGUUUCGGGUUGCAAAUAAAGACAUGACCUACGCACAACAGUUGCGGGACUACGAGAGCAAAGUGAUGGAGAAACGACUAGAGGGUCUUACAGAAGCCGAACUUCAAGUAUUACUUGAGCAAGUCGAGGAAGAGAAGAGGAGUGUCGGUAAAGGUGAGCAGGUUAAUUAGCUAAAAACAUAAUUUGCAAUAGAAUGGUUCUAUAUUUUGUGAUCAAACAAGGCAAAAAUAUGUGUAUAGUAGUUUUUUUAUGUGGGAAGUUUGUGGUUUGGUGCCUGUAUAAGUUGCUAAUUGACAAUCACAACUCCUGCAGUCUUGCUAUGUCCUCAGUCUGUAAUUUUUGGGCAGUUUUUAAUGUUAUGCACACAAAUUAUGCAUCA